AUGAGUAUUUACAGCUUCCUCGUCGCCGUCCGCUCAGAUGGCCAGCAGCUCAUGAGUGAGACGGGUGAGACAACCUCACAUCUAAUGGGCAUGUUCUACCGCACACUUCGCAUCGUUGACAAUGGAAUCAAACCUGUUUACGUAUUCGACGGUGCCCCUCCAAAGCUCAAAUCUGGAGAGCUAGCGAAACGAUUUAUGCGCAAGUCUGAAGCGGCAGAAGCCCAUGAGGAGGCGAAGGAAAUUGGCACUGCAGAAGAUGUGGAAAAGUUCUCAAGGCGUACGGUCAGGGUGACGCGCGAACACAAUGAGGAGUGUAAGAAGUUGCUCAAACUUAUGGGAAUACCGUACAUCGACGCCCCCACUGAGGCAGAGGCGCAAUGUGCGGUUCUCGCAAGGGCGGGAAAGGUUUACGCGGCUGCGUCAGAGGAUAUGGAUACGUUAUGCUUUGAUUCGCCAAUUUUGCUGCGGCAUCUUACAUUCAGUGAACAACGGAAAGAACCAAUCUUGGAAAUACAUCUGGAUCGUGUGCUGGAGGAUCUAGAUAUGGAUAGGAAGCAAUUCGUCGACCUCUGCAUACUUCUUGGCUGUGACUACCUCGAUCCCAUCCCCAAAAUCGGCCCUAACACCGCGCUAAAAUUGAUCCGCGAUCACGGCUCCUUAGAAAAAGUCGUAGAGGCCAUCGAAUCUGACCCGAAGAAGAAAUACGUCAUCCCCGAAGACUGGCCAUAUAAGGAUGCUCGGGAACUCUUCUUCGACCCUGACGUUCGCAAAGCAGAUCACCCGGACUGCGACUUCAAAUGGGAGGCACCCGAUGUCGAAGGUCUGGUAAAAUUUCUUGUUGAAGAGAAGGCCUUCAGCGAAGAUCGAGUACGGAACGCUGCGGCACGGUUACAGAAAAAUCUGAAAACAGCACAGCAAUCUCGACUCGAAGGGUUUUUCAAACCGAUUGCCAAGACCCAGGAGGAAAAAGCGACUUUGAAGCGCAAGCAUGAGGAAAAAAUAGAAUUGCAGAAGAAGAGAAAGAAAGAGGAGGCCAAGGCGAAAAAGGAAUCGAAAUCUAAACCUAGAGGGACUGCGUGA